AUGGUCAAGAAAAUUGAAAUCAGCCAACAUGCCAAGUACACCUGCUCCUUCUGUGGCAAGACCAAAAUGAAGAGGAAGGCUGUAGGAAUCUGGCACUGCGGUUCUUGCAUGAAAAUUGUAGCUGGAGGAGCCUGGACCUACAAGUAA